CCUGCCUUUUGCCACCGGCGUCCCCGUCUAUCUUUCCUUUUGCACAUCAUGGCAUACCGCUUCAACAAGGUUCUGAUACUGGAUGGCAGAGGCCAUCUGCUCGGUCGGCUGGCUGCCAUUGUGGCUAAGCAGAUCUUGCUCGAAAAUUGUGGUGGUCCGGUGUGAAGGCAUCAACAUCUCCAGCAACUUCUACCGUAACAAACUGAAGUACUUUGCUUUCCUGCGCAAGCAGAUGAACACCAAUCCCUCUCGAGGACCGUACCACUUCAGGGCUCCCAACAGGAUGUUCUGGAGGACUGUCAGAGGCAUGCUGCCCCAUAAAACCAAGAGAGGCCAGGCUGCCCUGGAUAGGAUGAAGGUGUUUGAUGGCAUCCCCCCACCCUACAACAAGAGGAAGCGUAUGGUGGUCCCAGCAGCGCUUAAAAUCGUGCGCCUGAAGCCCACUCGUAAGGCAUGCUGCCCCAUAAAACCAAGAGAGGCCAGGCUGCCCUGGAUAGGAUGAAGGUGUUUGAUGGCAUCCCCCCACCCUACAACAAGAGGAAGCGUAUGGUGGUCCCAGCAGCGCUUAAAAUCGUGCGCCUGAAGCCCACUCGUAAGGCAUGCUGCCCCAUAAAACCAAGAGAGGCCAGGCUGCCCUGGAUA